UGUUAUUCAAAUUAUCAUUAUCUAUUUGUUUAUGGAAUCUAUUGAAAUGUUUGAAAUGCGAUCAAAAUUUGAUGAUCCAGAUGAUCCACAAUUGAUUGGACGUUUUCAAUAUCAUCAACAAGGUCUAAAUGGACGACAUCCAAUGAGUUAUCGUUUUGGAUUUGUUGCUGAUGAUCAUCAAAAUCCAUUAAGUCGUCAUGAAAUGAGUCAUGCACCAGGUCAUGUUACAGGUGCAUAUUCUUAUAUUGAUGCUAAUAAUAAAUGGCAGGUUGUUCAAUAUGAAGCACAUCCUGAACAUGGAUUUCGUAUCGUAAAACAAUGGACUAAAAAUCGUGAUUAGAAAUUCCUACAACCAAAAAAAAAAGAAACCUCAUUUACUUCAGCAG